UGGAGUUAAUGAUCAAAAUUCUUUAUCAAAUAAUAACAUUUCUUACGAUCAAAGUUCUCCAUCUUUAAUUGAUCUAAAUCCCUUCUUUAGCAAUUUAAUUAAUCAUUAUAUUAUUGACAAAGAAUUAGAAAACAAAAUUCUUGCGGCAAAAAAACAAAUUUCUGAUGCACAGAAACAAAUUUCUUUUGCACAAGAAAAAAGAAAUGCCAAUUCUUUAAUUAUACAAAGAUACAUGGAUCAGAUACGAAGAUAG